UAGUGAGAAGUAGAGCCCAGCAGUCUUAAGUUCAACUCCAAGGGUGCUUCUUUCUUUCUGCUUAACCUUAGAGAGCCUCCACCCCUAUCGCUAUGAGCAGUGGUCCAAGGCACACUGUUGCAACACCUGCGAGAAGCAGCAGUGGGAGCAGCACCCUAGGGGGAGGACGGGCAGGGGUUGGCUCUGUCUCCUCUGGACGGUAUGCUGCCAGUGGGGUCAGCAAUGGAAGAAGUAACUUCUCUGUUCGGAGUAAUACGGGAUCAGCUUCCCCCUGUACCCAUGGGCCAGGAAGAGGCCAUUUUUCAAGUGGCAGCUGUAGUGGGAUGUUUGUCGCUGGUGGGCAUGUAGCAGCAAGUGCCUAUGGGGAUGGCUCUCAUGUUACAAAUCCUGCUGCUAGAAAUAGUGUAGUAGGUGGUGCUGGUGCUGGUCAUCCCACUAUGGUCGCAGGUGCUGGCCAUGGUAUCCCUGGUGACAUGGUAGGGGGUGCACAUGGAGGCAUGCCUGCUGGUGUAGUUGGUGGCAUGGUAAUGGGUGCCCAUGGGGGCAUGCCUGCUGGUGUAGUUGGUGGCAUGGGCAGUGUAGCUGGUAGUACUCAUCCCGGUAUGGUAGCUGGCAGUCCUCAUCCUGGUAUGGUAGGUGGCCAUUGUGGUAUGGUUGGGGGUUUACCUGGUGGUAUGGUAGCUGGCAUGGGGGGUAUGAUGGGGGGUGGUCAUGGAGGCAUGGUUGGUGGUGUAGCCAGUGUGAUGACUGGACCUAUUCUGGUUAGUUCAGUGAAUGGUGAGCCCAUUGCUUGUGCAAAUGCUGCUUGUGCAAAUGUUUGUGGAAGUGUGUUCUCCAGCUUUGAUGGUAAAAUGACAAUGCAGAACCUCAAUGACCGACUGGCCAGCUACCUGGACAAGGUCCGAUGCCUGGAGGAGGAAAAUGCUGAUCUUGAGUCCCGAAUCAGGGAAUUUUAUGCCAAGCAAGGACCCCUCUCUGAACCAAAGGAUUACUCUCAUUACCAUCAACAAAUUGAAGAUCUCAAAAACCAGCUCAUUUGUACAAGUGUGGAGAACAACAAACUUCUUCUAUGCAUUGACAACAGCAAGCUGACUGCUGAUGACUUCAGGACCAAGUUUGAGACAGAAUGUUGCCUCCGUCAGAACGUGGAGGCUGACAUCAAUGGCCUGCACCAAAUCCUGGAUCAGUUGACAGCCUGCAGGGCUGAUCUGGAUGUACAGUGUGAUAACUUACAGGAUGAGCUAAACUGCCUGAAGAAGAACCAUGCAGAGGAGGUUACCUGCCUGAAGAAGCAGUCCACUGGUGAUGUUAAUGUGGAAGUCAAUACCUGUCCUGGACCUGAUCUGAAGAAGAUCCUGGAAGAGAUGAGGUGCAAGUAUGAGACAAUGAUAGAAGGCAACCGGAAGGAGGUUGAGGCCUGGUAUGAAUCUAAGAUUGAGGAAGUGAACCGUGAUGUCUGCAACAGCAGCCAGGAGAUUGAAGAAAGCAACAACAAGGUUACAGAACUGAGACGCCAACUACAAGCCCUACAGAUUGACUAUGAGGCCCAGUGCAGCCUGAGGGACACCCUUGAAGCUUCCCUGGGUGAAACUGAGCUUCGCUACAAUGGCCAUCUGGGAGAUCUGCAGGAGCGCAUUUCCUGCCUAGAGCAGCAGCUGGCUGAGCUGCGUUCAGAGAUGGAAUGCCAGAACCAUGAGUAUACAGAGCUUCUGGACGUCAAAAGCCGACUGGAGCAGGAGAUUGCCACAUACCGUGGCUUGCUGGAAGGGGGACAGAAUGACAGCAACAGCCACAAUGGAGGAGGCGGGAACACCACCAGAAUUAGUACUGCAUCAAAUGGACGAUCCAGUGAAAGUCGGUCAACCCACACUUACGGGACCCAUUCUGCAGUUCAUACACACCAUGGAGGCCACGUACACCACUAGGCCAACAAGGAAAAAGUUCUUGAGAGCUGCAGAAUGUUAAAGAAAACCAUGUCCCUAGAGAAGCAUACCCAAUGGUACAUCUGAGUUGCUGUUGUUCCAUCUGUCUAAAUCACACCUUUCCAAGCUGACCAGAGAUCCCACUUCACUAUCUUCCAUGCUACUAUCUAUUUACUAUUAUUCUGCAAUGUAACCUCUGUCAAGCUUGCUCAACCAUCACGCUUUAGUGCCGUGGUUGGUUCUCUACUAGCCACUGAAAACAAAAUAAGGGAUCAAAAAUAAAGCUCUGCUUUUUUCUGUGUGCUG